AAAUGAAGAAUGCUUGAUGAGCAUUGCAUCCCACUGAAACGCGAAAAGCGUGCUCAAUGGAUUUCACGGAGAAGGACCUAUUCGGCGAAGAUUCCGACAAUGACAAUGGGUCCCACUCCUCCCCCGCUUCCACUUCCUCCUCCACCGCCGCUUCCUCUUCCUCAGCCUCGUCGUCUUCGGCCUCUUCCUCGAAAUCCAGCGAGGGCGCCGCGGACUCCUCCUCCGCCAGCGGCAGCGGUAGCAGCGGAGCCGAAGAUGACGAGGAGAAUGGAGACGUCGUAGACAGCACUAAGGACGGCGACGAUCACCCUCACGACUAUGAAGACAAAGAUCUGUUCGACUCCGAUAACGAAGAUUACUGUAAAACCCUCGCCAAAAGUCCUUAUCCUAUUCCUGUAUUGCCUGCCACCCGCAAUGCAAAUAACCAGGGUAGAGGGGGGUUUGGCCGUGGUCGUUGGCAGCAAGGGUAUCAAAAUGAUAGAGGAGCUGGCCUUCUUCCUCGACCUGGACCUUAUCCUCAGAGGCAGAAUUUUGGAUACGGAAAUAGGUUUCAGAAUGGUCGCCAUGAUGAGCGCUUUGUCUCUGAGUUGAAGCUUUCAAAAAGUGAAGAAACUCUGUCAAGAAAGUGCAUUGCUUUUCAGGAGCCUUGUGAAGUUGCCUGCUAUAGUCGUGUAGAAGGCGGAGAAGUACACUUCGAUGACCGUAGUUUGAGACUUUUUAAGCGCCAUAUUACUGAGGAUGUUGGAGCUGAUUUGAAUGAAGGUUAUGAUACAUUCAUUCCCAAAAAAGACAUAGGCUCAGAGGGCUUUGGUGAUCUUCUUGCUUGCAUUAGAGACAAAAAUAUUCCUCUUCAAAACAUUCAUUUUGUGACAUUCCGUAACAAUCUUAACAAGAUACUGGCAACAGCUUAUAUCCGUCAUGAGCCUUGGGAAAUGGGAGUGCACAAAAGGAAUGGGGUUGUCUAUCUUGAUGUGCAUAAGCUACCAGAAAGACCGCAAAGUGAUUUAGAUCGUAGGAGAUGUUAUGUAGGAUAUUGUUUUGAGAGCCUCGCCACUGAAGAUCCUAGAAGAGCAGAUGGAGAAGGGAUACAUCAUGUUGAUGCCAAUGUUGAAUUCUGUUCUGUGAUUAAGACAAAAUUAGGAGCUCACCGCAUCUUAAUGGGUGCUGAGAUGGAUUGCUGUGAUUCAACUAAUGACGGAAAGAGAUUCUAUGUGGAGUUGAAGACUAGUUGUGAGUUGAAUUAUCAUACUGAGGAAAGAUUUGAGAGAGAAAAACUGUUGAAGUUUUGGAUCCAGUCAUUUCUGGCGGGUGUUCCAUAUAUUGUCAUAGGAUUUAGGGACGAUGCAGGUCGUCUUGUUCGGACAGAAAGACUUAGAACCAAAGAUAUAACUCAGAGAGUAAAAAUGAAGAACUACUGGCAGGGAGGAGUCUGCUUGGCUUUUGCAGAUGAGGUAUUAUGCUGGCUCUAUGGAACAGUAAAAGAAGAUGAAGAUUACAUUUUGCAAUUUGCUCCACCUUUCAACCGUCUGGAGCUUCUGCAAGCCCAGUCCUGCCCAGAUGUAAUUGCAAGUCAUUUGGAGCUGUUGUGAAAAUUUUGAGACCUUAGCUGUUAUCUUUUAAACAAUCCGGUACGCGAAGUAAGGGGAAUCAACUCUGGUGUUUUCCCGGCAACUUUGAUCAUUUCACGAACCGUUUUAGUAUAUAGGGUUACCCUCUGUGAGUGCUGACAAUUGCAUUCACAAUUUUAUAGAAUUUUGCUGAAAUAUUGUGUAUGGCCUUGCUUAGUUAGAAUAUAGUUUUUCAUUUUACUGUUCUCA